UCACUUUCCCUUCCCUGAAUCCAAACAAUGCAGUGCGUGUAUUGCCAGGUGUCCAAGUUAUAGCCAUACCUAGGCACAAAACUCAAAAUGAAUGUCUUCUCAUUGGAUAAUGAAUCCAUAUGCUUAUUUCGCAUUUUCUUUUCGUCUUGUAACUGAUAAGUAAUUCAAGUUGUGGCAUUUUCCGCAUUAGAAAUUGUGAAUUCAUGAAAUGGCAAACAGAGCAGGUGAAGUAGUGUGUGUUACUGGAGGCAGCGGCUAUAUUGGUUCAUGGCUGGUCCGUUUCCUUCUCGAGCGUGGCUACACUGUUCACGCCACCGUCAAAGAUCUCAAUGAUGAGAAAGAGACGAAGCAUUUACUUGCCUUAGAAGGGGCUGAAUCUCGUCUCCUUCUUUUCCAAAUUGAUCUAAUUAAUUACGACUCAAUUGUCCCCGCCAUUACUGGUGCUGUCGGCGUUUUCCACCUUGCUUCCCCCUGCAUUGUGGAUGAAGUUAAAGAUCCCGAGAAUCAACUUCUGUCGCCAGCAAUCAAAGGCACUAUGAAUGUACUUACAGCGUCAAAGGAGCUGGGGGUUAAGCGUGUGGUGGUGACCUCAUCUAUAUCGGCCAUCAUUCCAAGUCCUAAUUGGCCGGCUGAUCGCGUGAAAAAUGAGGAUUGCUGGACGGAUAUUGAAUACUGCAAACAGAAAGGGGUACGCUCCUUUCUCUAUCUUCUUUAUCAAAAUUAUACCUUUCCCGUAUCAUACUUCCAUUUUUUCUUUUCUGCUUGGGUUGUCUUUGCCUUUCCUUUGCUUCUUAACAUUGCUUAUGCGGUAUAUGUGUUUUGGUUUCUUUGGCAUUUGGAUUAGAAAACAGUAUGAUUUUGAGAUUGAUUUGGUUUCCUUUUGGUUCUCGGGAAACAGGAUGUGAUUUUGAAAGAUUAUGUUUUGUAAUUGUUCUACAACACAAAUCUAACCACAAUGAAAACUAAAGUUCAGCUGCCUCAUGUACUUUACCUUUAUCGCAAAUUUUCCAACGCAACCAACAGUUGGUCAUUAGUUGGAAACGUCAAAUUUUUUGUGAUACGUCCCUUAAUCCCUUAAUCAUACUGUAGUUGAGAAUUUUUGGCUUGAAAAGAGCAAUACAAGUUUAAGUGACAAGAGUAUCCCCGGUAAAUUACAAAUGCAUAUUACAAGAGCAUCUUUACUUAUAGGCAUAGCUACAGGUCAUAUUACACUAAUAUUAUAUUAUAAAUAAACAUAUACAUAGCAUAUGCGUGGUCACAAGUGAAUACCCUUUGGAAGAGUCCUAAAGCAUGACAUGAAUGGUACUUAGUGAGAAUAUCAGUAAAUUGACACCUAUCAGAAAAUAAUGGACAAGAAUAGACCCCUAAGCCACAUGUUUUGUAAAUUCAACUACAAGAUGCUUUCUAUAUAAUUGAUAUAUAAGUUUCUAUAUAAAAUACAUGUUCUUACAUUAUCAAUCUCCCCCCCUCUCUAUCUCUCUAUCUCUCCCCCCGCGUUUCCCCUUUCCUUCCCCCCUCUCUUUCUGCCCUCUUCUUAACCCUAGCAGGGACUAGGCCGGCGAGCAACGCUACACCGGCGCCGCUCUUGUUUCCGGCGUCAACACCAACCCCUUCUCUGUGCUUACCCUUCUCCUUUAUACUUUAUUUUUGUCGCCCUUCUUCUUUUCCCGGCGUCGCUCCACUGUUACAGGUUGCACUUUGUUGGACGUCGGGGUUCGUGUGUUUUACAGGGUCCGCCAUUGUUUUUCGGCGAGUCGGGCCAGCAACAGAUCUGGUGUACGAGCAAACCAGCAGAUCGGUUACGUUGG